AUGUCCUUCCCAGUCAAGGAGAUCCAAACAAAGCCCUUUGAAGGCCAGAAACCAGGUACUUCUGGUUUGCGAAAAAGAGUCAAGGUCUUUCAGCAAGAGCAUUACACGGAAAACUUUAUUCAAUCCAUUUUCACGUCCAUUGCACCUCUUUCGAGCGAGUUCACUCUCGUGAUCGGAGGAGACGGCCGUUACCUCUCCCCAGAGACAGUUCAAACCAUCCUCAAAAUCGGUGCUGCCAAUGGCGUUGCAAAAUUCAUUGUCGGUUGUCAAUCCAUCUUAUCCACCCCGGCUGCUUCCAACGUUAUCAGGAAAUACAAAGCCAACGGCGGUAUCCUUCUCACUGCAUCCCACAACCCUGGUGGUCCCAAUGCCGAUUUCGGUAUCAAAUACAACGUUUCCAAUGGUGGCCCGGCCCCAGAAAACGUCACCGACAAGAUUUUUGCGGCGACCAAAACAAUCACCUCCUACAAGGUCAUUGAAGCUCCUCCAGUAGACCUCAACAAGAUUGGUGAAACCACUUUUGGUCCAGCGAAAGUCAAGAUAAUCGACUCGGUUGACGACUACAUUACCCUACUCAGAGGCAUCUUCGAUAUCGAGCUGAUCAAACAGUUCCUCGAGAGCCACCACAAUUACACCGUGCUCUUCGAUGGUCUUCAUGGUGUAACUGGUCCAUACGCGACGCGUAUCUUCACCAAACUGUUUGCCCUCCCUGAAUCCUCCGUUCAAAACUGCGUCCCACUUCCUGAUUUUGGUGGAGGGCAUCCCGAUCCUAACCUCACAUACGCAAAGACAUUGGUAGAUGCGGUCGAGGCCAAUAAUAUCCAGUUCGGUGCUGCUAGCGAUGGAGACGGAGAUAGAAAUAUGAUUUACGGCAAGGGCGCGUUUGUUACGCCUAGUGACAGUGUAGCUGUCAUCGCCGAUUGGGCAGAGGAAGCUAUCCCGUACUUCCACAAGAAGAAUGGCGGUGUCAAGGGUUUGGCUAGGAGUAUGCCCACUAGUAAGGCAAUAGACUUGGUUGCGCAGAAGAGGGGCUUGGAGUACUUUGAGGUUCCGACUGGAUGGAAGUUCUUCGGAAACCUGAUGGACGCUGGACGAUUAUCCAUUUGUGGUGAAGAAUCUUUCGGGACCGGAAGUGACCACAUAAGAGAGAAGGAUGGGCUGUGGGCUGUUAUCGCGUGGUUAAACAUUCUUGCCUACGCCAACUCUAAAUCACCCAAUAAGCUCUUGGGGAUCAACGACAUUCUCCAGCGCCACUAUUCCAUCUACGGUCGCAACUACUUCUCUAGAUAUGAUUAUGAAGAGGUCUCUUUGGAAGGCGCCCAAAAAAUCGUCGAUGCCUUGAACCAGCACCUCUCCGCAUCUUCCCUCUCCAACAAGGAAUUUACUUCCACCUCGACCAAAGAGAAAUACACCGUCAAGGAUCUGAGCAACUUCAGCUACACAGACCCUAUCGAUAAGAGUGUGAGUAAGAAUCAGGGACAAAUCGUAGAGUUCACGGAUGGAAGCCGAGUUGUGUUUAGGUUGAGUGGGACUGGAAGUCAGGGUGCCACAGUGAGAAUGUACGUUGAGAGGUAUGUUGCUCCAGGCGCUGGUGACGAAGCUUUGAAAAAGGCGGCAAAAGACGGGCUCAAGGGGUUGAUUGAGGUUGCCCUUGAUCUGAGCAACUUGAAGGAGUUUUUGGGAAGGGAGGAGGCUACUGUCAUUACGUAA